GCUCCCAAUCUGGAAGGCGGGGAAGAAGGAGGAAGAAGAGGGAAGGGGCUAAGCUAAGGAGUGAGGAGCAAGGAAGGAAAAGGGAGAAAGAGGCUGUCUCUGCGCGGAGGAGGGCGGAGAAAAGUCAGCCGGCUGCCCUUUUCUGGCCGCCUCGAGCUGCCCCCGCCUCCAGCUCUCUCCCCCUCCCCCUUCUACCCCACUGUCCUGGCAGGUGGAGUCUGCCAGAGGAGUUGCGGUUUCUCUUCCGUCUGCUCCGGGGCACUGAAUUCCCUCCGGCCCCGGCAGAGUGGUGGCGCGAGGGAACAAGUCAGGGCAGGGCUGGGCAGGCGGGAGAGAACUGCUCGUCCGAUGGGGGCUCCCGGCUGGUAGAGUCUCUGGCCCUCUUCUCUACCUUCCUCCUGUUCCCAGUGUGUGCCCCAGCUUAGCCGAUGGCUGAAGCCCGACGGCUGGAAGAAGAAGAGGAAGAGCUGCGGGAGCGCAGAGAGCUCGGAGCCUCCAGGAGAGUCCGGGGCCGAGCUCACUCCAGCCACUCUGCGGCAGAUCGAAGUGAAAGAAAUAAACCAGAACAUCGUUCUUCAAGUCAAGGACCCUUGUCAUCCAUUAGAGCCGUAAUCAAGAGAACUUCUAGGACUUCCGUUCAUGGUGAUCCACACCGAGAUAGGAGGCGCCCCGAGAUCACCAUUGUGGCCGCUGAGCCCCUCAGACCGGCUUCUUGGUUCCCAGGGGCCUCACCAGCAUUAGGAUUCCCACCUUCUCCUGCUGCAAGUCCAUGGAGAACAAGUGAGCUUAUUCCUUCUGAGCUUCCACCCUCUUAUGAGCAAGUGAUAAAAGAAAUCAACCAAGUCCAAAUCAGUACCGGGAGUAAUAGUAAUGCUCCCACGACGCCAAGGCAAACCAUCACUUCUGCAACUCAGACAGACUUUCCGGAGGAGAUAGGCAACACCCUGUCUGGAAGUAAUGCAAGUAAGCCACCUGCCCCUGGAAAAUCCAAUCCCUCUCUAGCAGUUCAGCCUCCUCCCAAGCCUUCACAGCCAUCUUCGCUGUCCUCAACCAGUAGUCUUUUGAAAGAUGUGGCUCCUUUAAUCGUCUUUGAUGCCAUUGAGGAACAGGCUUACCGAGACAGCCCCAAUGUUGGGGCAUGUCCAGUUCCCAGGCCAAGAUCAAAAACCAAUCUCAAACCUAUAGUCAGAGACAUUCCAAGCAACAUAAGAGACCAUCAGGAAACUACUCAACCAGCUGUAAGACGGGGAGCAUCACCGAGUCAGUCCCUGUCCUUGUUAGACGGGAGCAACUUAGAAAGCCAAACAGCGAUAAACAGUAUGAGCACAGAAAGAAACCAAGCUAGUAUUGUUUCACGGAUCAAAGCUUUUGAAUCCCAACCAAAUGCUGAAACCUCAGGAUUAUCUAAGAAACCAGAAAUUGCUCCCCGGACAUUACCCCCGAGGCCUGCUGUUCCUGCAGGAAAACCUACUGUGGCUCCAAAGCCAUCCAUUCAUAGAGCUUCCGGAGAGUGGGACUCAUCGGCUGAAAACAAACUCAAGACUGCCUCCAAGGAAGGGCCCUCUCCACACUUGCACCCUCAAGAAGUGGGAGGCAUCCCAGUAACCAAACCUGAAUUGCCAAAGAAACCAAAGGCUGGCCUUGUACAGAGUAUCGGUAAUGGCCCACUGGACAUUCUAGGAAGCAAGCUAUCAGUAGAGAUCCCUGAGAAGGAGAAGAGAAUUCCAACUCCGGCACCACGGCCUUUACCGCCGAAGAGAUUACCGUCUUUAGAAGACCCUGCCUUUCCUGCCCCUCCAUUGAAACCAGCCACUGCUUCUCCUAGGCUCUCUGUGGCAGCACAAACCAGAGCUUUCAGGUCCCUGGGAGAAGGGCCAGCAGCAAGCACACCUCCCCCUUCCUCUCAGUGCCCACCAGUGGGAGAAGCCGAUCUCAUCAGUUUUGAUGAUGACGUUCUACCUGCUCCGUCAGCUAACCUGGCUGAAGAACACCUGGGUUCAGAGAUGGACCUGGAUCCCUUUCAGUUCCCCACAAAAGCCGAACCGCCAAAGGAACGAGUUGUCCAGCCAGCGCCCACGCGAAAGCCCACUGUGAUCCGGAUCCCAGCCAAGCCAGGGAAAUUAUUGCAAGAUGACCCACAGAGCCCUCCACCUCUACCUGCUGAAAAGCCUAUUGGAAACACUUCUGGCACAGCUUCUGGAAAACUCAGUAACGUCGAAAGAACCAGAUGCUUGGAUUCUGAGCCCUCCGUUCAAACAGGAAGUUCUUCCAAAGGACCAGUGCUGCCCCCAAGACCCGUAGAUGGAAAAGUCAUCCCAGCUCGACCUCCUCCACCAAAGGGGGCCCCCGGGAGGCCACCUCCACCCAAACUCUCUGGAUCUAAGGCGUCAUCUCAGAAACAAGUUUUUUGUCACUCUUCAUCAGAUGUGGAUCUCCAGAACAAACAAAGUGCCUUAACAAGGGGUCUCAAACGGGCCAAGAGCCAGAUCUUACUGAAACAAGAACCAGUGUUGCCUCCUCGACCCAAACCAGGCCACCCCCUCUACAGGAAAUACAUGCUGCCUCUGCCUCAUGGAGUUGCCAAUGAAGACACUGUCUCCCAAAACCCUGGAGAGCUCUCUUGUAAGCGUGGAGACGUGCUGGUGCUGCUGAAUCAAACUGAAGACAGUUACUUGCAAUGCCAAAAGGGAGAAGAAAUGGGCAGAGUUCACCUGUCACAGAUAAAGAUUAUCACCCCACUUCAUGAGCAUCUUAAAAGCAGAUCAAAAGAUUCAACCAGUGUACUGAAGUCUGUCGACAGCAGUGUCCCUCAUGCACUUGUGCUACACGAUUUUCCAGCAGAGCAAGCUGAUGACUUGAACCUCACUUCGGGAGAGACUGUUUAUCUUCUGGAAAAAAUAGAUAGUGAUUGGUACCGAGGAAAAUGUAGAAACCAGAUCGGCAUAUUUCCUGCUAACUAUGUCAAAGUAAUUAUUGAUGUUCCUGAAGGAGGUAAUGGGAAAAAAGGAUCCAUUUCAUCCCACUGUGUUACAGGUCCCAGAUGCGUGGCUCGGUUUGAGUACAUCGGAGACCAAAAGGAUGAGUUAAGUUUCUCAGAAGGAGAGACGAUUCUCCUUAAAGAAUAUGUCAAUGAUGAAUGGGCCCGAGGAGAACGGAAUGGCAAAACGGGGAUUUUCCCACUGAACUUUGUUGAAAUCAUUGAGGAUCUCUCUGACCAGAGCACCAGCAUACCUGCAGUUUCAAGUAAAAGAACCCCACUGAAUAUGAAGAGAAAUGCUUCUGGUUUACAUUUACAGAAGGAUCGUUGUUCUGGAGAAUGGUGUGAAGCGCUCCAUGAUUUUACUGCAGAAACUAAUGAAGACUUGCCCUUUAAAAAGGGAGACCGUAUCCUAAUCAUUGAGCAUCUGGACUCUGAUUGGUACAGGGGCAGAUUGAACAGCACUGAAGGAAUCUUCCCAGCAGUCUUUGUUCAGCCCUGCCUUGGUUCCAUAGCUGAGGCAAAGUUGAUACCUGCUUCAGGACGGAAGAAAGAAAAGGCCAAGGCUUUAUAUGAUUUCCAUGGAGAGAACGAAGAUGAGCUUUCCUUCAAGGCUGGUGAUAUAAUAACAGAGCUGGAAUCUGUAGAUGAAGACUGGAUGAGUGGAGAACGAGCAGGAAAAUCUGGAAUUUUCCCCAAAAACUACAUUCAGGUUCUACAAGCAUCCUAAGAGUGAACCUUGUUUGUGCAAUGGGAAGAAGCAUGUGACUCAGCCAGCACAAAAUAUUCCUUGCCUUUGGUAUCACUUGAACUAUUACUUUGACUAUCAAAUAUAUGUUUUUGCACUAUUUUUUUUUUUUACUGUAAGCAAAACGUAACAUGGUACCCUAGAAUUUCCUGAAAGUGGAAGAGUUCUGGGUUUUGUUUUACAUUUCCAUUCAUGAUAGAAGCAUGGACAUAUUAAACCCACAUACUGUGGAUGAUCUAAAAGAACCCAAGCAGAAUUAGCAAGGUCAUUUCUAGUUUCCAGCAGGGAAAAAUGACAGAGUGGGAAGGGCUUUCAAGCAGGCCACUGCUUGCAUAGCUGGGACGCUAACAGUACAAACAAAUUAACCUUGCUUAUUAAUUUUUUUCCUUUAAAAAGACAUUUAUGCUUUCUACAUAUCUUAACUAUCAUGAUAUGAUUGGUAACAAACAACAUUUUUGCUAUUCAAAUGUAAUUAUAAUAGCUUGGGUACAUAUCCUUUAUUUCAAGUGCAGGUCCUGUUUUAUGAUGGGCAGGCUCAUGAAAAUCUUCCCAGCACAGGGUAUAAUAAUGCCCUGUAAUGGCUCCAUUCAAAGUUUGCAGCCUUGAACAGGGAUUAGGAGAGAAGAAGGAAAGAAUGGUACAUUUUAAUUCUUGUCACUUUUCUUGCCUUGUGAAACCUCCAAACCAGCCUUGAAAUAUGCCUCACUAAAGCCCCCAACACUUACCUGCCUGCCAUAGUUCUUUCUGCCCCCUCAACAUAUGCUUUACUUUAUUAGGACUAUCACCUACCACAGUUUCUGCAUCUGAGAACACUCCUGUGACAAUUAGUGGUAUCCAGAGAAAAAUUCAUUUUCUUCGAAUUACCUCAGUAAUACAUAAGCUGUAGCUGCUUCUAUUGCUGCAUUAUGAAUCAUAGGCAGAAGUCUUAGACUGCAGAGCAACUGUCAAAACAGCAAGCAGAUCCCCAAAGCAAAUUUCUUCACAGAGGUGACAUAAAUUAGCCCUGUAGUUAAUUUCACCCUGGUACUUUUUUGUUUCUUUUCCCUGCUUAGCCUUGUACAGAGAUUAAAAUAAGUAAAGCCAUUGUCCUGCUAGCAGUCAUGAUGCAGUCCAAGCACCUGGUCAAAGUGUUUGAUUUAUAAGAACGAAUCAAUUAUAAUUUAUGAGCCUGAACCAGGGAAGUUGAAGACAAUCUUCCAAACACACUGGCAGAAAAGAAAUAUGUUUAGAAAUAUGAAACUUUCCAAAGCAUGUUGAAGGGGUUGAAUUUGGCUGGAAACAAAUUUAUAUAAAUCUGAUGCCCUGUGCCAAGUACCUUUCAGCUCUUAUUAUAGCCUUCCCUCAACCAAAAAAAAUAAAUAAAUAAAAAUUAAAAAAACAGUCAGUCAAUAGUUCAUUAUGUGCCCAGCACUGUCUAUGCAAUCUUCAACUUACUAAUAGUUUAGAAGUCAUUUUUGGUUAUUGUUCCUUGUUCUUUGUGGUAGGGACUCUCCAACAGGGUCCUGGUAAGUAGGGUGUUAGGAGUGGGAAUGGGAGCUGUGGUGAAGACUUAAAAGACCCAGAGUUAAGCAGCUCUAGGGGCUGGAUUCUCCUGCCGGUUGUAUUUACCACUUGGACUGUUUUACCAACAAAACCACUUUUGCCUGGAAUAUCAUUUUAAGUAUUUUUAAAUUAAAAUUCUCUGUAAUUUGUGUAAACACCCAACUUGGGGGCAAAAUCCCUUUUAAAAUUUGGGCUUUUAGAAGGGAGUAAACAAGAAAAUUUAAUAGCUGUAAAUCUAAUGGAAGUAGUAGUAAUCUUAGCUGAAAAAACAUUCUGCAAGUCUCUUUGCUCAAGUAACAAUAAUUUUUUUUUUAAAUCUAUGAAUACUUUGAAUUUGUAGAUAACUUUUUUUUUUCAAGUUAGUUCACGAAGUUUCCUGGAAAACAGUGAAGUUGUCAAUGAAGAUGUGAGAUCCAGGGAUAGAGCUGCCAUACGUUGUCACCCGUUCUAUCCAUGGGAAACCAAAAUGUUCUUUGUGGUGUGGCCUUUUAAUUUAAGGCAAAAUUCACCUAGGUUCAAGAUGAUUGCUGUAUGAUGAAGCCAGUAAUGUUCACAAGCUCUAAGUCCAUGCUAAAACUGCAGAUUUUAUCAGGCAACUCAAAGAUUUGGGAGUAAAUUUAGAAGGAAGCCUGCUUCCUGAUACAGUAUGUUGCCAAUCCCUGCCUCCCUUCAGAAUUUCUUUAAUGGGUGAGAAGCAGUUCAGUUAAAAAGUGUCUCCAGCCAAGGUUAUUAAAUAUGACAUGUAGCGAAAUGUUUAUAGAGUUGAAUUAUGUGAUGGUAAAAAGACCCUUCUGUACAAUGCUUGUUAUACUGGGCUCUAGUUAAAAAGCUACAUUUUAAAGGGGAGUUUGAGAGAUAUUAAGAUUAUUUUACACAGUAUGAUUACUUUCUCCUUUGACUUCAAAGUGCACUUUCCCCUGUAAGAAUUAGAGGCCACCAUAAAAAAUGUCCCAUUUUAUAUGGCCCAGUAGGACAAUGUCAUGCCUAUUGUGCCUUUGUCAUGACAGCUGAACAGGUCCUUCACUUAAGCUCUGUGGAAGAAAGGCAGUGAGUCUGAAAAAUCAGUAGUCAGUACAUUUGCCAAAAGUUAUGGCUAAAAAAACCGAAACCAGACUCCCAAGAGGCACUAAAAGCCAGAGACAGAACAGUGCUGUUAAUAUGUCUUAAUUGACUUUAUUGACAUAAAGCUCUUUCUUAAGAUGAGCUGAUCUUAAGUAAAUGUCGCUGAAUAGACCAAGUUUUGAAUAUGCUCACUUUGAUAAAUAUUAACACACUUGUGUCUUUUGUCAAAUUAAUAGGUGCCAUAUCAAUCACAUUGCAACACCAUUCUUUAUAAACACUAGUAGUCCAACUAAGUAUGUCAAAACUUCUAAUAGGAAGUCAGAGAUGCUAACGCCUACUUUUCCACUUGCAUUUAUUUGAAAAAAAGGAUUGGGGAAGUUGCUAAUUCAGUGCAAUAUUGCCAUCUAGAGACCAUUUGGGAGAUUGCAACAUAAUCAGGGCCUUUUAAGCACCCUGAAUUCUCCUUGAUACCAAGUAACAAAUACAAUUGAUCUAUUUUAUUGGGUUAUUAAGAUUGGCAUUUUCUUUGCAACAUUUGUAAUCAGCCAGAGUUUUACGGAGAACAACUCGAGGACCUUGAAUUAUCUCAUUCUAGAUGCCAAGUUCCAACUCAGGUUCUUAAUCUCAUUCUAGACAAUUUAUAUUAAAGUGUUUGCAGUUACCUAGAAAUUCAAAUAUAUACUCUAAUGCAUUAUUAUAAUAUAGACAGAUUAUCCUGAAAGAAUUAGGUUAUUUGGGUAUCUGGAAAAAUCAGCCAUUUUAAAGACAUCUGAAGAAGCCUCACAUAAUCACAAAGCCUCACAUAGAAGUUGUCUUCAAACAAAAGCAACACAAAAAAAUAUUCAUUUCUUAAUACUUUGCAAAUUAAUAGAUUAACUCAGGCAUUGUGGUAUUUGUGUAAAUUAAAUAUGCAUUUAGCCAAUCA